AUGUCUUCAGUUUCAGAAUACACCUUUCACAUGAGUCAUCUGAGUGCCCAGUUGUUUGGUGAAGUUGCCAGACCUACUGAUUCCAAAUCCAUGAAAGUGGUGAAGCUGUUUAGUGAGCAGCCUUUGGCCAAUAGGAAGGAUACUUAUGACUGGUAUCUAAAUCACAACAGUUAUUUUGCACUCAUGGGAGCACUAUAUUUUCUUGGCCUCUACAGAGAUGAGCAUCAGGACUUUAAGGAUGAGCAGCUGCAUCUGAAGAUUUGUGGAAAGCAGAAACCAAGGAAAGGAGAAAGGAAAAGAACAGCGAAAAAGAAAUAGUGUUGGUCCAUCAAGAGAGAAGACUUUUCCCUCAGGGACUGAGAGCAGGAGGAAGUGUAUUUAUUGUCCUUCCACAUACUGGAGGAGUGUAAGCUUCCUAAGUUGAAGGUUAUUUGGAGGAACACAGUCAUCUCCAUGUUGAAGUCUAAUUCAGUUGAAUUGUGACUUGUUUCAUGAACACAUUCUAAUU